AUGGUGGAUAGCAAAGCAGUAUACCCAGUUGAUGAUUUACUUCUAGCUCUAGUAAUAAUGGGCACAGAACUUGUUGGUCUCUGUGGGAAAGAAGAUAACAUGGAAUCACUCUCGAUUCCUCCUGGGUUCGAGUCACUUGCACCCUUCACUCUCAAAAAGAUGAACAACAGUCAAGUUGGUAUCUACUCUGGGUGUAAUGGUGCUUCUGAAGUAAAAAACGUCCUGGUGAAAACAGAAGACAACUCUUUUGACAACUCAGAUACCUUAAAGUCUCUUAAACGUAAAACCCCGGUGAAGUACAGCCAGUCCCAUAGCAAGUCGGGUGAUGAACUGGAGUCUGAGCAGGCUGAUAAUGAUCAAGACAUGAGGUCAAAGAGCUCUCUCCCGAAAGGGGUUAUCCGUGGGUGUGAAGACUGCAAUAAUUGCCAAAGGGUUAUUGCGAAAUGGCAUCCAAAAGGAUCUCACAGGCCUAAUCUGGAGGAAGCUCCUGUCUUUUAUCCUUCAAAAGAGGAGUUUGAAGAUACAUUAAAAUACAUUUCAAGUAUACGACCCGAAGCAGAAAAAUACGGCAUCUGCCGGAUAGUACCGCCUCCUUCAUGGAAACCACCUUUUCGUCUCAAGGAGAGGGAUAUAUGGGAAAAGUCUAAAUUCGCAUCUCGCGUCCAACGGAUUGACAAACUCCAGAAUCGGGAGUCAAUGAAAAAGAUAUUUAAAGUCAAUCAUGAAAAGGAAAAGAAAAGGAGAAGAUAUCAAAAUAGUGGUGUUAACAACAGAACUGGUGUUAAAGAGGCAGAUGAAGCUGGAGUUUGUGAGGCCGUUAAUUUUGGCUUUGAACCUGGUCCCGAUUUUACUCUGGGUGGAUUUCAGAAGUAUGCUGAUGAAUUCGUGGCCCAGUAUUUCAGGAACAGUGAUGGUAAUUCUGACUUGGGAGGUAAUGGCUCCGUGCUUGACAAGCAGUGGCAGCCUUCAAUAGAGGACAUUGAGGGUGAAUAUUGGCGAAUUGUAGAGAAACCAACAGAAGAAAUUGAGGUGCUUUAUGGGGCUGAUGUAGAAACUGGAGCAUUUGGCAGUGGGUUUCCAAGAAAUGCACGAGAAGUUGUUUCUAAUUCUGACAUGGAGUAUGUUAAUUCAGGAUGGAACUUGAAUAACUUCUCCAGGCUUCCUGGUUCGGUUCUCUCAUUUGAAAGCAGUGAUAUAUCCGGUGUUCUGGUUCCUUGGCUUUACAUAGGAAUGUGCUUUUCUUCAUUUUGUUGGCAUGUUGAGGAUCAUCACUUGUAUUCGUUAAAUUACAUGCAUUGGGGAGCUCCAAAAAUGUGGUAUGGGGUUCCGGGGCCGAAUGCUCUGCAAAUGGAGGCAGCUAUGAGGAAACAUCUGCCUGACCUUUUCGAGGAGCAGCCUGACUUACUUCAUAAGUUGGUUACCCAAAUUUCACCUUCAAUCUUAAGAUCUGAGGGUGUGCCGGUUUAUAGGUGUGUUCAGAAUUCGGGAGAGUUUGUCCUGACUUUCCCACGAGCAUAUCAUGCUGGUUUUAACUCUGGUUUCAACUGUGCUGAAGCUGUUAAUGUUGCUCCCAUUGACUGGUUGCCUCACGGACAAAAUGCCAUUGAACUGUACCGUGAACAAGGUCGACAAACUUCCAUUUCACAUGAUAAACUUUUGCUGGGUGCGGCUAGAGAGGCUGUGAAAGCAAAUUGGGAAUACAAUUUACUGAGGAAGUUUAAUUCGAAUAAUUUGAGAUGGAAAGAAGUUUGUGGCAAAGAUGGGAUCUUAUCGAAAGCACUCAAAGAUCGAGUCGAGAUUGAGGGGGUCCGGAGGGAAUUCCUCUGCAAAUCAACACAGUCCCUGAAGAUGGAGAGCUCUUUUGAUGCUGACAGUGAGAAGGAAUGCUGUGUAUGCCUAUUUGAUUUACAUUUAUCUGCUGCUGGUUGCCACCAGUGUUCACCGCAUAAAUACGCAUGCUUGAAUCAUGCAAGACAGCUGUGUUCUUGUUCGUGGGGUGCCAAAUUUUUCCUUUUCCGUUAUGACAUGGACGAACUGAAAAUGUUGGUCGAGGCUUUGGAGGGAAAACUGAGCUCGGUAUAUCGAUGGGCGAGGCAUGACUUGGGACUUGCUUUAAGUUCCUACGUGUCCAAGGAUAAAUUGCAAUCCCCCAUGCAAUCAUCUCAAGGAUUGCCUCCAAAGGAGAUAAUAAGUCCACUGCCCAAAGUAAAUAUGUUGGAAGAGAAGAAGAAAUGUGUUGGCAGCGUUUGCACUUCUCAGGAUGCAAAGCCACCUGUGGUUGUAUUGGCUCUGGAAAAAGUGAAACUGCCAUCAGAUUUUAAGAAAGAAAUUUCAUUAUCCGGUGGAAAACCGACGUGUAAGGUUCCUCAAGUUAACGGCCUUAAGAUAGAUUAUUCGGAUAAUUUAGCUUCGGAAAAAAAGGUAUCAUUACCUGAAAACAAAAAUUUCAUAGUCUUGACUGAUGAUGAAGGAGAUGGAUUUAGUGAAGAACCUUCUGGUGUAAAGGGGACUUCUGAGAAACCUAUACAUAGGGUUGAUGACAAUGCUGAGGCAGAUUUAUGGAGGAAAAAAGACACUCCUGAACAUGAUAAUGCAAAUGUGGACGGUCCCAAACCACAAUUCAUUGAUAAUGGAAGACCGAAAAGUGAAGAUAGUCAAGGAAAGGUGGAGAAGGAUGUGGAGUUGAGAUCAGUAGAAAGCAUGCAUAAUUCAUCAAGCCCAUCUGGCUCUCGCGUGAAGAAUUUGGAUGGAUAUUACCGUCAAAAGGGACCUCGUAUAGCGAAACUGGUGAGGAGGAUCAGCUGCAAUGUUGAGCCGCUGGACUUUGGUGGUGGAAAGUUCUGGGGUGAUAGUCGGGCUAUAUACCCAAAGGGAUUUAGGAGUCGGGUUAAGUAUAUAGAUAUUUUUGAUCCAACAAAAACCUGCUUUUAUGUUUCAGAGGUUCUGGAUGCUGGGCGCAAUGGACCUUUGUUUUUGGUAUUAGUGGAGCACAGUCCAAGUGAAGUGUUUAUUCACGAAUCAGCUGGCAGAUGCUGGGAAAUGGUUAGGGAGAGGGUAAAUCAAGAGAUUGUGAAGAAGCACAAGUUGGAAGUAGGAAAUCUUCCUCCUUUGCAGCCACCUGGGAGUGUGGACGGCAUAGCAAUGUUUGGGUUUUCUUCACCAGCUAUUGUACAGGUAAUUGAGGCAAUGGAUAAGAGUCGAACGUGUACAGAGUACUGGAAAUCACGGCCAAUGAUGCAGAUAUCCGACUCUCGACCAGUGGACCCAAGUGCUGAUUCCAAGUCAAAGUCUGAGGUCGGGGUUGAGAGAAUACUCACUGGCCUCUUAAAGAAAGCAAACUCGGAGGAACUUCAUACACUGUACAAUCUUUUACACAAUCAUAAAGCUGACGAGCAAAGCUUCUUGGUCCAGCUUCUUAGAGACAAAAUUAACGACCACCCGAGAUAG